AUGACCACAGAACGAGAAUUGUUAAACAUGGAAAAAUUCAGAGGAGAGUUCAAGCCCUCGGACUUCGCUGACCCCGUCGAAUCGGCGCCCAUAGAGGCUGAGGAGUACCGAGUGUGGAAAAAAAACACCCCUUACCUCUACGACUUCGUCCUUAGCCACGCCCUCGAGUGGCCCUCCCUCACCGUCGACUGGGUCCCCCCUCCUCCACCACCUCCAGCCGGCGGUAGCGUGCCGCCAACACCACCGUCACCUCCCAUAGGGACGCUACACUCUCCGACAUCCGUCCCCAAACAUCCUCAAUGCUGGCCGCACGCAGUGCUGAGAGUGCACGAGAUGGAGGGGUACGGGGUUGAUUGGAGCACGAUGAAGGAGGGGUGGUUGAGAAGUGGGGAUUAUGAUUCGAAGAUUUGCUUUUUGGCCUGUUUGGAUGGAGGGUAG